GAGCAUGUUGCCUGACUUAGGACAGCAGAGUCUAUGUUGGGACCAGGACGGAUUGCCAGCUGAUGAAGCAACCUAACUGGCUGGUAGGAGAGAUGGAGGGAGGGGGAAGGCAUUCAGCUAGUGUCAGUUUGGGAAACUUUAACUUAACCAGUUUCUACCAAGAGCCAACAGGAAUACAGGAGGUCCAAGAUAUGAGGAUGGUUUAACUACUGAGAACAAGUAAAAAAAGAAGAGGACUAACCCAUGGCUGGAUUGUUUUAGGAUGUGGGUGAUGUGCAGAAGACCUGACACCCAGGUGUGAACCCAGGCAGAAGGGGGUCCGAUGGCCACUGCAAAUUAUGACCCCGACUUGGGCGAAGGCCCGUCCGAGGACUUGGAUAGCCUCCUGGAUGAUUCUGAGUCAGGGAGUUUGCUUUCUGAAGACUCAGUGCUUCCUGACUAUGACAGGGAUGAAGAGUGUAAAGAGCCAGCUAAAACACUGUAUGAGGCCUGUAGUAGGAAUGACCCCAACUCCAUGCGCAGGAUCCUGGAGCGAGGAGUCACUAAGGACGAGGCUAUGGAGCUGGACAUCAAUGGCCGGAAUGGACUGAUGCUGGCUGUGGUCAAGGGAUACGUAGAUAUUGUCACCAUGCUGCACACAUGUCCACUUAUAGACAUCAAUCACCAAGAUAAUGAUGGCAACACUGCCCUCAUGAUUGCUGCUCAGGCAGGUUUCAUCACCAUUCUGAACUUUAUUCUAAACUAUUACUCUGGUGUGGACACCGAGGUCAGGGAUCCCCGUGGCUUCACAGCCCUCAUUAAGGCAGGUCUGCAGGGCCGAGCAGAGUGUGUGUCCGCCCUGCUAAUGCAUGGUGCAGAUAUGAAUGCAAUGGACUUGGUCCAAGGGAGAGGGCUAAAGGACUGGGUCCUCAGGACAGGAGGGUUUGAGACUCUUAACAGAAUACGCCGCCUGCAGGCUCAUUGUGUCGCUGAGCAGUUCUGUGAAAGCUACAUUCCUGAGUGGCCUGAUCUGAAGCAACUGGUAGCAAAGGCCACUGCCGCCAAAACAGCCAGCCAGAAGCUAAGGCAGCGCUUAAAAGACAGCAUUACUUUCAGUUUCCCUCAAGACCCUCAAGACAAUGGGGUCAUGGACCAUAUGGUGCGGAUGACCACAAGCAUCCACAGCCCCCUGAUAGUCACUGGUUGCCAUCCACUCUGUCCCACUAGCCCCCCAGAAAUUGGCAAGCGACGAUGGGCUGUCCCUGAACUGCUUGAAAAGCAUGGCAGCAAAGAGUUGGAGGAGAGCACAGUGUCCCACAGCAAAGGCCCAAUCAUCACCUCAGCUUCUCCCACUGCUGUGUCAGCCGCCUCUGUGUCUCUGACCUCCUGCUGCCAGGACUCAGAGCGCAGGGACAGCAUGCCAUCAGGUGGCAUGAAAAGCUUCAUUCCCCGCAGCAUAGCACACAGGAACAGCAUCUUCCCCUCAGGCUGUAUUCCUAAGAUUGAAGUGACAAAAUCUGGGGAGCCCACUCCAAAGAAGGAGAAAAAGAAGAAAAGGCAGAAGGGCUACCUGGAGCCUCCUGUCUGGAAGUACAAGGAGGCCAAGGAGGAGAGAAAGAAGGAGAAGAAGAAUCAAGAAAAGGAAAAAGAGCAAGAGAAAAAAAACAAGGGGUCUAAACAAAGCCACAAAUGAGGAAGUCUUCUCUUUUUCUCAGAGAAUUUCACUGUGAUAAAGUCAGGCAGGAGGGAUCAGCAUGCCAUUACAGUGAGGACAGUUUUACUAAGGAAUUGCAAAACCAGUUUGGAAGUGUGCAGCUGGUAAUUAAACACUGAUGGAUUGGAACUUGGGCUUGGGAUGAACAUGAGAAAACUGGAGUGACUUGAAUUUGCUGGAUACAAAGUAUUUAUGUAAACCAAAUGUUAUUUGGUUUUGGAGAUAUAUGCUGACAUGUCUUAGCAUGGCUGUUUCUCAUUUCAGCGUCUACCUGGUGGUAGAUUAAGUCUCACAGAGAUGCAAAAUUACACUGAUUGCAGACAUCUGUCGAUGACAUAAUUUUGUUUUGAAAACUUUAUUUUACCAAUCUGUGUAUUGUGAAUAACGUCCAAGUAGCGUGCUAUCAUGGUAUCCAACUGCAAAGUAGCCAAAGCAAUAGCAAAUACUAUACAUACAGCACAUAACAGCAAUGGCCUUCAGCAAAUAAAUGUAUGUUAUAGUUAAUGAAAAAGACUGUGAUGUUGAAUGGAGGAAAAAGAUAACACAUCAUCAGACUAUGUGCUGUGCUCCUCUACAACACAGGCUCAAAGAGACAGUGGUUACUUUUCGUAGGACCAAGCAAUGGGGGGAAUGUGUCGGCACCCAACUAUUUUGAGAUUCAUAAACUCUUGUUACUUUUUCCACUCUGCAAUAGGAGUAAUGCUGUUGGCACAGCAAAGAAACUAUUUGUGCAUAAUGUUGCUCAGGAAGUUUUUUGUUAUAUGUUGGGCAUUAUACUUUUAAGGGAAAGUCUGGAUCUUUUGAAGUGGGGUUGUAUGAAGUACUUAUCCAUAGUCAGUGUGUCACAUAUCAGAAUCAGAAUCAGAAAUACUUUAUUGAUCCCUGAGGGGAAACUAUUUAUGUUACAUAUAGUAGAUGUCUGUUGGCACACCACCAGUUUGAGGAAGCAGGCAGGAGUACUGUACUGUGGAGGGGUCAAAAAAUCCAUAUGAGUUUGUACGCUUGUGUACACUAUAUUUAGAAUAUUACUAUACUUUACAGACAGUGAUUUCCAUUUACAUCGCUCUCUGUAAAGCCAGACUCCAUUGAGAAAAACAGUAAUUUUACAAUGCUCAAUACAGGAGCUAAUGGGCUAACACUGCCUCAAUCAGCUAAUUGUGUGACUUCACUGAAUUCAAACUAACAAUUUUAAAUGCCAAACCCACACAAUACCUGUAACUAACUAGCUGAUUGAGGCAGCAGUAGCCCAGCAGCUCCCUUCUUAAGCGAGCUAAAAUUAAUGUUUUUGCCAAGGGAGUUUGGUGGCUUUGACAAGAGCAUGGAAAGGCAAGGUGCGGCAAGGUAAAGUGGUGAAAAUAUUCUAAAUAUAGCAUACCCUUAAAGUGUUCCGGAUUAUUUUAGGUGGCUUAAAUACGUUUUGCUGCCAACCCCGUCCACAGCAGUACAUUGCUUAGCCUCUUUAGCGGUACUCUUGCCUGCUUCUCCAAACUGGGGUGUGUGCCAGCUGACAUCUACUGUAUGUAAUACACUGACUACCUCAUGCAACCCCACUUCAAAAGAUCUAAACUAUCCCUUUCACCACCUGUCAAGGCAAGAAAUGUAUUUUGGGGUCCAGCUUGCAUUGGGGCGUUCUGUACAUAGAUCAACUUGGUACUUGAUAAAAUCAUAAGUAAUAACUCAGAAAGCUAUCUCUGCAAUAUCUAUUCUAUUUACAGCAAAAUAUAUGUAAAUGUGUUAUCUAAAAAAUAAUCUAUUUUAGAUACCUGUUCUUACAAAAUGCUAGAGCAUCGUUCUGGGGUUAUUUAUUUUGAAGUGGAAGCAAGAGACACAGGAAGCUCAGGUCUUCUACAUCUUGUGUGUGAGACGGAUGAAAAUGUGUAUUUGUAUGCAAGCUUGGAAUAA